CCUUCGAGGUGCCCUCACUUUCAAACCAACCCAGUCUGUACAGUCUGCGCGUAUAAGAUGAGUCUAUGUCUCAGUCAAGCAGAUAACAGUCUCGCUGGUUUGAAUCAAUUGGACCUCAUUGAAUGUGUGUAGACUGUAGGGGUUGUGAUUGUUGAUCGAUCUGUUGCGGGAUUCACAGGACUGUCACUAUGGCAGCCCUUCGGGUUCUCAGCUACUUCGUCGUGUUUGGGCUGGUGUCUGCAUGUCUGUUCGCGGCGUCUGAGGCAGCGGAGACUGGCAGUUUCGAGGACUGGAUCGGACAAAUAACUGCAAAGGUGAACGAGCGAGAAUCUGCGCCAGAGAUGUCCGGAGUGAUGGGUACGAUGGGGGAUGAUGAUUCGAACUCUGAUGGUGCGAGGAAAUUGUACAUUGUGGUGGACAAGUCCGGCAAAGGAGACUUCACGAAAAUCCAGGAUGCUGUGGACUCGAUACCGAAGGGUAACAAUAAGCGAGUCACCAUUCAUAUCAUGAACGGCUACUACAGUGAGAAGAUUAAUGUCCCGCAUGACAACGUGUACUUCAAGUGCUCGGGGAAGAGGACCAUCUUGGCAUGGGGCGAUACUGCAGAGAAGGCUGGAAGCACGUCUCUGAGUGCGUCGACAGCAGUGACAGGCGACAACUUUUUGGCGACGGACUGCACGUUUGUGAAUACUGCGCCCGCACCGCCCGGUGGCGCCGUGGGGAAGCAGGCCGUGGCAUUUCGCAUCCAAGGUGACAAGGGAGCGUUCUACCGGUGCUUCUUCUACGGGGCUCAGGACACACUGUACUCCAAGGAGGGACGUCACUAUUUCCGCGAGUGCCACAUUAUCGGGUCGAUCGAUUUCAUAUUUGGGGACGGAACGGCUAUGUUCCACAAGUGCAAGAUCAAGUCGAUCGCAUUCCAGAACAGUGGGUCGAUUUCAGCGCAGAAGCGGGAGAGCGCUGAGUCUCCGUCGGGAUUCUCGUUCGUGGGUUGCCACAUUUCGGGUUCCGGGACAAUCUACCUGGGACGUGCGUGGGGAAGUCACUCCCGGACGGUGUUCAUCCGGUGCUACAUGGCGGAUAUGAUCCUGCCCAUCGGGUGGCAAGAUUGGAACGACCCUGCGAGGCAGAAGACGGUGUUCUACGGGGAGUACUUGUGCUCGGGGCCUGGGUCGAUCAGGAGCGGACGUGCGAAAUGGUCGAGGGAGUUGACGAAGAAGGAAGCGGAGCCAUUCAUGACCCGCAAGUUCGUGAACGGAGAUAAGUGGUUGGGGUGGUAGACACGGCGGAGAGCGUGCGGGUGGCAUGGAGUAGGGAUAGGUCGACCUUGAUGGUGGGAUGUAAACAGAGAGUAGUGUGAGGUGAUUGGAGCUUGGAGGUGGAGAGAAAGGACGUCUGAGGGAAUUCCUGUGGAAUAAGCGACGAGUCGGACGUCGGUGUGGUACAUCCAGUGCGAAUUGUGGAUGUGGCGGUGUCGAUCAGGGCGUCGGAAGUUGCAGGACGGAAACUGUUGUAGAAUACACGAGAGGCGCGAAGAUGGACCGUGCGGUUGAGUGCGGGGAUAGUGGUGUGCAUUGUUAGGGAGAAAGUGUUGAUGAAUAAAUCCGCUUUUCGGAAACUGUUGAAUGAAGUCUUGGUGUUCUGAAAUCAGCGAAAUUGUGGAUGAUUACAAAGUAGUCGCGAAAAGGGAGCGAAUGUAGUGGACCAGUGUGGCUGUGCACAUUUUCCUAAAUAGUGUUACUCUAUGGAAGUCUUUAAUUGAAUUUGAGCUGAUGAAAUUUAUCCUUGCUAACAA